AUGAUUUCUCAGAUUUCCUGCAUGAGUACUGUGGAAGGCAAUUGGUUUCGAUGUGUAAGUUCAAGAGGCUGUGAUGCAGAGAUUAUCAAAGGACUUCUGAAGAUAUUCAAGAAUCAAAUUCCCAUGCUUCUAGAGACCAUUGUCAAUUUGGUUGACAGCAAUGUAAGUCGUUAGGUUAUUUGCAAUUUACCUUUGAAAUUUGUUUAAAAAUAACUAUCUUAAUAGGUCUUUCCGAAAAAUCCCACAAUACUCUUGGAGAUUGAGCCUCGAAUAGACCUCUUUAGCUUGUCUGGUUUGUUUAACCGAUGUAGGUCAUGUGACGUUCCGCUUGCCAAGGAUCAACUUUCCACGUUUUGCAUAAGGAGCACAUUUUCUAAAACUGGAUUUUAAGAACCCCUCAGGAGAGAUGAAAACGCCCAUUAUUAAGACUAAUUGUGUGAUAUCUCUGAUUAUUUUUCUCAUUUUUCAGGGAAACAACGCUCUGCAUUAUGCGGUUUCGUUUCGAAACUGGAAGAUUGUGGAUGUAUUGCUAGGAACAGGAUCCAUGAACUUGAAUUUGCCCAACAAGGUACUUUUUUUAUUAUGA